AGCCAGCCACCCCACCGACGACCACCUCCCGCUCUGCUGCUCUGCUCCUUACACACCCGCAGGUCGCAGGCCACGACGAUGCGGCCACGGCGAGGCUAUAAACCGCGCUUCCGGCCGUAGCUGACAGCCUUCUACUCCUCCCACUCCUCGGCAGCACAACCACAAUGGGCAACGCUGCGCUGCGCGGCCCGGCGGUGGAGGAGCGGCUGACGCAGCCGCGCCGCCUGGUCCGGCAGCUCUCCGACCUGGACUCCGACCGGCUCCGGCGGCUCAUCCGCUCCGGCGACCUCGCGCCGUGCUUCGACGCCGCCGAUGAAGACGGCCGCGCCGUCGAGUGCCCCAUCUGCUUCCACUUCUACCCGAGUUUGAAUCGAUCCAAGUGCUGCGGCAAAGGGAUCUGCACAGAGUGCUUCCUGCAGCUGAUGCCGUCCAAGGCUUCCAGAGCUGUCCACUGCCCAUUCUGCAAAACUGCAGCCUACGCUGUCGAAUACCGCGGUGCUAGAACCUUGAGUGAGAAGAAACUUCAACGAGAAGAAGAACAGAACGUUCAUGAGGGUGCAACGAGAAUACAUUCCAAGAACGCCGGUGGACAUAUCCUACUUCCAUAGGAGUCCCAAGCCUGAUUUUGCAGUGCUAAAGGCACCCAAACCAAACUGUUGAUUUUUCGGACCCUUCGAGAGAGAUUUCAUUGCUUCCAUGACAGUACCUGAAAUGUUUCAGAUAUUAUUUGUCUGCAUGAUUUUUAGAGAAUGAAAAGAAUUGUUUUAGAUAUAAAUGUUUGCAGAACAGAGUAAAUGCUAGUAGUGCAAAUUGAAACAAAAAAUAUUCUGUCAGCGGCACAAGUGGAGUGGGGAUUUGGUGCAGAAGUGUAGAACGAUUCUGUAGCUGGCUCUGAAGACAAAGCUAAAGUCCCUCAAAUCUACCUCGGCCUGCCGCUCUCCAACCGCAAGCUCACCGUGGACGACUUCCUCCCGCUCAUUGCCAAAGCUGAGCGCUACCUCUCCGGCUGGCGCGCUCAGCUUCUGUCCUUUGGGGGGUGCCUGGUGCUGCUCAAUGCCGUGCUGGACGCUCUCCCCACAUAUGCCAUGUCUGCGAUGGAGGUCCCGCCCUCUGUCCUCCGGGCGAUCGACGCCCUGCGCUGCUCCUUCCUCUGGACCGCGAUGGACAAAGCCUCUGGGGCCAGUGUCUCGUCGCCUGGGAACGCGUCGUCCGUCCCAAGGAGGAGGGGGGCUGGGGGUUCGCGCCCUCCCGGUCCAGAAUCGGUGCCUACUGCUGAAGCUCCUUCACCGCCUUCACUCGCGCCAGGAUGCGCCGUGGGCUAGAUGGGUCUGGGGUGAGCUGGGACGCUCGCUGCUAACAUCCGCAGCGGU